GCUGCGCCGGGGGGCACGGGAGAGCAGGGGCAGGAGGCAAAGCAGAGCCUCGGAGGGGAUGUGCUGGCUGAGGCGGCGCUGAUUGGCGAGGAUGCUGCUGCCAUGGUGCUGGGCGCUGGGGUUUGCUGCAAUUUUGCAGCUGCGACUCCGGGAGACAGCAGGACGCCUGCGCGCGCGUGCACGCGCCCGCGUGUGCGUACAAGUGUGUGCGCACGCAAGAGGAAUAAUUAGUUCCUACUCCAGCACUUCUCACUCAAAGUGCUUUUUAAAAGCCUCCAUUCAUUAGUCUUCACGGCUCCCCCGAGGUGCCGUGUCCUCAUUCUCUCCCCGCGCCGACUCCCCACCUUCCCAAGAGCAAAAGUGGGGAUCCUGAACCGGGGAAGGGGAGGGCCUGGCUCCCGGAGGGCGCCGGGUACUUGGAAAACCCAUGGAUGCAGCCCCGGUGGCGUCACAACGGGGCCACCAGCAGUGUGCCAGGGACAGCGGGUGCUUUUGGGGACCGUCCUGGUGGUUCCUGUCCCGGUGGGGCUGGCUGGGGCAUCACAAGCAGCUGGGCAUCGUUGCGAAGUUCUCGUUGGGGUUGAGCCGAGACGGGUUUGGAGCGAUGGGAUGAGAGCAGGGUCCCGCAGGGAUGGCUGGGGCAGGGACACGGGUUGGCUGCAUCCCUCCCGGUCAGCCUUGGUCACUGCCACCUCCCUGCGCUGGGACGAACCGAGGCCACCAGGGAUGGCACUGUGGGUCCCCAGAUUACCCGGCGUAAUCCUGGCACCCCAGGAGGAAGGACGCCGGAGCGCACCGGUGCUACUCAGCCCCCGGACCCGAGCACCGUGGCUCGGUGCAGGAGCGGGCGCGCACCCGGGCGUGCACCCCUCCGGCGGGCGGGUGCUGGCAGAGGGCCUCCUCUGCAAACCCUAACCUUAUUUUCCCAGGUCCGACGCCAGUUUCCAUGGAAACAGCCGGGAGCAGAAACGGGAACCAGAAUCCAGAAACGCGAAGCCUCGAGCUCCCCGUUCGCUUUGCUGGAUUCCUGCUCCCGUCGGCCCCGGGACACCCUGGGGGUUGGGGUGCUGCCGCGCUGUGGGGAGCGAGGGGCUCCCCAAGUGUGCUGCAGCACCCGUGGGUGGUGCAGGGCGCCUGGGGACGUGCCUGGUGCCCGGGCAGCCAUGUGGAGGCUGGGCCAAGGUCUGCGUGUCGAGGUGGUGCCGCGAGCGUGCGUGUGGCGCGCGUGUGGGCACGCUCGUGCACCCACCUGCGCACUGUGCGGGUGCAGGGGGGCUGUGGGGGCUCCGUAUUUAUCGAUAAUGCGUGCGGGUGGCAGCGUUACUGGUGCGUGGGGAGGCGCCCAGCCCUGUCCCUGCCCUAACGUCCUCAGGACGUGAUGGGAACAGGGGACCAAAGCCACCUGGGGAAGGGCAGCACGAGCCAGCCGCCACGCGGGGACUUGGCUGCUGGGUGCUGCAAGCGUCUGGUGGGGGGGGGAGGCUCUGCUCAGCCCCCCGGUGCUCUGAGCCCCCAAAAUGCCCCCGGGCCUUUCUGAGAGACCACAUCUGCCUGCUCCCAGCCUCGUCUUUGCCAGCUGUGAUGCGUUUUCAGGGAGCCUCGAAGCCCCCAGCACCCACGGGUGGUGGCACCGCGAGCGGCUCGCUGCGUCCCCGCGACGUCCCCAGCCUGGCCGAACGGUGACCGCCGGGCCGGCCCCGGCGGGGGACCCCGUGGGACGGGUUUGCGUCCCUGCGCCGGUUCCCAGCACCCGGCGUCGGUGUCCGUGGGGGCAGGAUCGUACCCGUGCCUCACCCCGGGGCGCUGCCGGCACCGGCACGGCGCCUUCCCCCCCCCCCCUCCCCCCGAGUGGCACCGCCGCCAUUGUGCGUGCGCACCGUAAUACAUCAUUUAGAGACGGACAGGUAUUAAGAUACAUUAUGGAUAACUCACGGAGAGAGACGCUAUUAAUAAUACAGACACAUACAGAGGGAAGAAAGUGCACACUUGAUUUCCAUGUUGCUACCAGGAGUUGUGAGGCUGGCUCUGGCUGCCUCUUCCCACACGUGACUGCAACACAGUGGGUAGCUGACAGCCCAGAGAGCCUGGCUUGGGGCCAGGAAAAAGCAGAAAACACAAUGUCUGUGCAUAUCCUCUCUCUUAAAAUAACACUCCAACACCGUCUGAGACGAAUUAAAAUAAGAUCAGGAGCGGUCUCGCGGAGAGAGAGAGAGAGACGGAGGGAAAAAGGCAGGCAGGGGAACGGCCAGGGCUGGGUUGCUUCAGACACUGCCACCCGCCCGCAGCCUCCCGCCAGCUCUCGCGGGGAAGGAGGGGGCUCGCUUGCAGGGCUGGAGUUUAAAAUAAAAAGGCGAGAGAGAGAAAGAGAGAGAGAGGAGAGAGAGAGGAGAAAAGGCGCAGGCGAGCGGGAGAGCAAAUCCCCGGCCGCGGCGGGGAGGGGAGAGAUUCCUGCCGUCGUGUGCGCUGGAUGUCCAGCACAUGUCUGUCCUUUGGAGGGGAGCCUUGGCAGGGCGGGGGAUGCGAGCGCAGCCUGCAUGAUGGAGAGCAUCAGGAAUUUCCUGCAGCUGAGGAACACACCAAAUACCAGAGUGCAAGGGAGAGCGGAGGGGAGCAGGGUGCCGGGGGGAGCGGAGGGCUUGGAACAAGCCGCGGGCAGGGGGCAGAGGGGUUGGGGGCUUGGGGCGGCGGGGAGGCGGGGGGGGGGGGGGGCGGGGGGGACCUGGCGCUUCGGUGCUUUUUCCAUCUGUUUGCCUGUCGGUGGGUUUUUUUCCGCUCGCUUUUUGAAGGCAGGGCUCGGCCGGAGGCUGGCGGUGCCCUGCGGUGCUGCCUCGCCGCCGCGGGCCCCUCGCCGCCCUGCCCUCCUCCCCCUCCCCAGCACGGGUUUGGGAUAUUUUGGGGCUUUUGUGUCUUUUCCUCCCUUCUUUCUCCCCCCUUCCCCUGCUUUCCCCCUGUUAUCUGGCAUGGCGCUGGGGAACGUGGGGUCGGUGACACUGGGGGACGUGGGGAGCCGGGGCCACAUCCCCGCACCCCACACCUCUCCCAGGGGGCCGAAUCCUGCUUCAGGGAUCAGCCUGGAAGGACGGGCACAUCCCCGCAGGCACCACCUUCGGGGUGCCCAAGCAGCGCCUCGCACACGUGCGAGCGGCUCGCGAGGCGCCCUUCGUCGCUCUCCCUCCUCUUCCUCGCCCACCUGGGCCCGGAUGGGUUAAACAAACCCCCAAAAAAGCCACCGGGGGCGGGUGGCAGAGCCCCCGCGGCGCGGCGAGGCUGCGUCCAGGUGCAGGCUGACCUCUCCUCUCGCAGCUCCCCCUGCAUCCCGCUCCGCGCCGGCGGCUCCCUCGGGGAUGCUGGGGGUGGGGGGCGCGGAGGGGAGGAGAGAUCAGAGGGGGCAUCGAGCAGCGCCGGAUCCAGGUAGCCGGGAGGUCGCUCUGAAAAUCUGGAAGUGGAGUUCGGUGGCGCUCAGCAGAGCGGCGAGAGCCGUCUCCUGCUUCAGGGCGGAGGAGGAGGAGGAGGAGGAAGGAGAAGGAUGCAGCGGAGGGAGCUGGGGGCAGAGAGGCCGUGUGU